GUUUCUAUUUCCAAUCAAUUUUUUUUAAAUUCCCCGUCAAACUAUUAAAUUGAAAAUAAAAUAUGUAAUUAUUAUAAACAAUAGGUCUACUUCCUUGGAAAAUGUCUCCAACUUCAAAUGAAGCAGGAAACGUAUCCCCGAGAAAUCAGUAAGUUAGAAGUGGUCUAAAGGACUGGAAAUAUUUUUUUCCCUAAAAACUGUGUCAUAGAUUAAAAAAAAAACAUUCUGGCGAUGAGAAUAUGAACAGAUGUUUGUACGUUCUCUUGUUUGACUCAACUCCAGAGCUAAGGCACGACUGAGGCUGUAAGAGAUAGCAAAAUGUUCUUGUUUCUUUUCUUCUCUGCGUUAAUUGUUCCAAACUCUGUCGUAGCUCAAGAGGCUUAUAAUGAAACACAAGUGUGCUACGGAGUCCUUGGCUGCUUCAACAACAGCGCCCCCUACAAUAACUCGUUCGGAGACUUACCGAAAUCUCCAGAAGAAUUAGGCGUCCGGAUCUGGUUGUUCACGAGAGACAAUAGGAGCAGUCACGAUGUUUUAAACUACACAGAUGCUUCAAGUCUUAGCGAUUCUAAAUUUGACCCCACAAAAAUGACUAAAUUUAUAAUCCAUGGUUUCUCUUCAUCCUUUGAAAAAACACAUUGGAUACUUGAAAUGAAGGAUAAACUGUUAAAUAUAGGCGACUUCAAUGUGGUGGCAGUAGACUGGAGCAAGGGUGCUACAUUCCCAGAUUUUCCUCAAGCAACAGCCAAUCUGAGAUUAGUUGCCACUGAGGUGAAACUUAUUUUAGACAUGAUGAGGAGCAUGGGACUUGAUAUGAGCAAAGUUCAUCUGAUUGGUCACUCACUUGGAGCCCAUCUAUCUGGCUACGUUGGACAACUGAUGGGUCCGAAUGUAAUAGGACGAAUAAGCGGGCUAGAUCCAGCAGAGCCAAGCUUCAAAGGGUUUACCUAUGUUGUCAAGUUAGACAAAGAAGAUGCCCAGUUUGUUGACGUCAUUCAUACCGAUGGUUCUGACUUUGACUUGCUGUCUGGAGGUUUUGGUCUAAUGGACGAGUCUGGAGAUGUUGACAUCUAUGUGAAUGGAGGGCAAAAACAGCCGGGCUGUAAAGAUGGCGUAGACGGCUUGUUCGGUGGAGGUGGCUCUUCAUUGGAAAACUCAGUCGCCUGCAGCCAUGGUCGUGCUCAUGAUAUUUUCUUAGAAUCUAUUGACACUACCUGCAACUUUACAGCGUACCCAUGUUCAAGUUUUGAGAAAUUUGAAAACGGUGAAUGUUUCAAUUGUGACUCUGGUUGCACCAGUGUAGGUUUUAAUUCUGACCACUAUAGUGCAAGGGGAAAGUUUUUUGUUGAUACACAUCACAAACCUCCAUUCUGUGGAAUUCCUUACCACAUCAAGGUUUACCCGGACACAGCUGCAGUGAACACAAGUGGUUUAAUUUAUGUGACAUUAAUUGGAGAUAUCAACAGCACUGACUAUAUACCCAUCAAUUCAAAAAAUCAACAUCUGAAUCACCUGACCGAGAUCUCCAGUAAUGUUGUCUUUACAAUAGACGUAGGAACAAUUAGCUCUGUCCAAAUUAAAUAUGAAAGAGAACUGGGAUUUCUGGGAGGUUUGUUUGGGAGCUCUUCAGCGCCAACGUUUUCCAUUGGAGGCAUUGAAGUUCUGUCUCCUACUACAGGACAAUGGAGUUCGUCGUGCCGUGGCACAUAUCAACUACGUGAUAGGACUCCAUUAACUGUCAUUACAAACAGUGGAAGAAGUGCAGACGCUUGUAUAGUUGUUGGUUGAACCUAAUGAAUUAAUGUUUAUGUUGUGUAUUAAACUACAAUCAUUUC